AUGUAUCCAAGAUACCUACACCCUACACAAGGCUUCUCGAAAAAGCGUGUAAAAGUUCUUUCGUAUCUGUUUAAAGAAGAAGAUGGCGUGGAGCCUUUGAAAGAAGUAAUCGAUUUUCUGCACAUAAGGCCACCACCACCAAGAGAUGAGUAUGAAGAUUUUUCUGUUGGGGACAAGAUUAAUGCAUUUUACAAUGACGGCUGGUGGAUAGGUUUUGUCAUAGAGGGUAUGAAGGGUGGAACAGUUGGUAUACAUUUUAGGCAAACAGGAGAAAAAAUGCGGUUUGGAAGGCAGGGUCUUCGUCUGCAUAAAGACUGGGUUAACGGUACCUGGCAGCUACCACCACUAAAAGGAGGGCAGAUAAAGAGGGAAAAGACCGUUUCAUGUAGUCGGAACGUGAGACCUAAGAAAGCAAUCGAGAAGCAAGAGUUCAGCAUUGGAACUCCAGUAGAAGUUAGCAGUGAGGAACAAGGAUUUGAAGGUUCUUGGUUUCCUGCAAAACUUGUUGAAUACAGAGGAAAUGACAAAUGCGUUGUAGAAUAUGAUAACCUGAAAGCUGAAGACGGGAAGGAGCCUUUGAGAGAAGAGGUUAAUGUUUCAGAGAUAAGGCCUCAACCAGUAGAGCAGGUCAUGGUUUGUCCAUUCGAGAAGAAUGACAAAGUUGAUGCUUUGUAUAAUGAUGGUUGGUGGGUCGGGGUGAUUAGGAAGGUUCUUGCAAAGUCAUCGUACCUGGUUUACUUCGAGAACACUCAAGAGAUGCUAAAAUUUCAUCAUUCUCAACUAAGGCUACAUCAGGAAUGGAUAAAUGGCAAGUGGAUAACAAAUUUUAAGUCUCAGAAGGCGUAA